CAAAACGGUUUGUAAUUCUAGACUAAAAUAAAAGUUUUUCCAUCUGUAGUCGGAUGGAGGCUACAGCACGGAGUCGCUGUGAGAUAUGUCUCGGGAAAAUGUACUGUGUAAUCCUAAUUAUACCUACUGACAAAUCGAGAAUUUAAAUACAGCUGGUUUUUCAUCAGCAUGCUAGGCUAACUAAUGCUACAGCAACACACAGCAUGCUAGGCUAACUAAUGCUACAGCAGCACACAGCAUGCUAGGCUAACUAAUGCUACAGCAGCAUGUUAGGCUAACUAAUGCUACAGCAGCACAUUGCAUUGGAUUGGACAACACUUCCGAGAGCUUUGAACUCGUUUUUCGAGGCUGACAUGGAAGCAGUUUUUGCAGUAGAAGAUUCACCAAAGAAGGACAUCAGCCCACCUAAAGUUAAAAGACAGAAGUUGGACAAACCACAAAAAGUCAAACCACAGGGGAAAAUGGACUGCAUUGACCUGACCACAGAAGAGCCUGCCUGUUCCAGCAGCAGUAGUGCCAAGUCAACCAACUCCUCCAAGUCAGUGGAACCCAAAGCUAAAAUUAAAACCUCGGUCUCUGAGGAGCAGGAGGACGGCAAACUGUCGUUGAUCUCUUGGAAUGUAGAUGGGCUGGACACCGUGAACCUGGGAGAGCGAGCUAGAGGCCUCUGUUCCUAUCUGGCCCUCUAUACCCCUGACGUGGUGUUUCUGCAGGAACUCAUUGAACCGUAUGUUCAGUACCUCAAGAAGCGAGCCGUCAGCUACACCAUCGUUGAGGGGGGCGAGGAGGGGUACUUCACUGGUUUGAUGCUGAAGAAGUCCAGAGUCAAACUCCUGAGUAGUGACAUCAUCAGUUACCCAACCACUCAGAUGAUGAGGAAUCUGCUCGUUGCUCAAGUGAAGUUCAGGGACCAGGCGAUGUGUUUGAUGACGUCCCACUUUGAGAGCUGUAAGGGACAGGCGGAGGAGAGGAUGAAACAGCUGAGGGAGAUGCUGAAGAGAAUGAGGGAGGCGCCCAGUAACGUAACUGUCCUAUUUGGAGGGGACACCAACCUGAGGGACACAGAGGUGACCAAGGUUGGAGGUCUACCCAGUGGGGUGUGUGACGUGUGGGAGCAGCUGGGGAAGCAGGAGCACUGCAGAUACACCUGGGACACCAAGGCCAACAGCAACAAGAGUGUACCGUAUGUCAGCAGGUGUCGUUUUGACCGCGUCUACCUCCGACCGGCCAAGGAAGGCCCCGGGUCACGGAUGACCCCAGACCAUAUGGCUCUGGUGGGUUUAGAGAAGCUGGACUGUGGUCGCUACACCAGUGAUCACUGGGGAAUCUACUGCAGUUUUAUCCCUGGCUCCUGAGACUUAAGAUUGUGUCCCAAAUUGUUCCCUGUAGUGCACUGCUUUUUUUGAUCACGAAUCAAUAUAGGGAUGCAGCCUAACUGAGAAUGAAACAUGUUUGCGUGUAGUGGUCCCAGCAGGACUUGGAAGGGGCUAGAGUCUGACGAGUUAAACUUUCCUAAAGGACAGUUUUAAAAGGUUAUAGUUGCUCUAAUAUUGGAUAGGUAGCAAGCACAGUCUCUAUGGCUACUAACGGUAGGCUCAGAGACGGUUGGCUCACCUUUAUUGUAAUGCUAGUGCCUUGAGCCGAGGACAGGAAAGGUUUCUGAAGAGGAUACAAUCUUGCCGUGGUCACCUCACGGAUCUCUGGUCCUUGCAAAUAUACCCUCAGAAUGAAAAUGUUGGCAGUUUUAUGUCCUAAAUGGCUCCCUAUUUAGUGCACUACUUUAGACCAGAGACCAUAAAACUGGUGAAAAGGAGUGCACUAUAUAGGGAAUAGGGGUUUCAUUUUGGACAGCAAGCUGUGUUUAAAUGCUUUCAUUUUUAAUUUCAAUAUGUGAUUUGAAUAUUUGUUUGGUUUUAAUAGCAGAAGUCUUACAUGUGAUGAUGAUUUCCCUCAAGUCUGUUUUUAGUCCUGUACAUUGAAAACACUUGAAUAAAAUUGAAAUAAAUACAUUUAUGGUAUAAAACACCUUCAAGAAUAUA